AUGGAGCAUUACCGCGAGAGUGAAUCUACGUUGAAACGACUACCAUUGGAUAAGUACAACGCUCACCGCGCUGCAGAUGGAUUGAUCCGAUGUCCUAAUCGAUUAGACCAUGCUCGGACUUCGUCUCAGUCAUCUGCACCUAUCCUUCUUAUUCCGGAGCACCACUUUGUCCAUCUUCUCGUUAUGUACCACCACAAGACCAGAUUCCAUUCAGGUGUUCAUGCCACAAUAGCCGCUCUCCGCACAUCAUAUUUUAUCCCUUCCAUAAAAACCACCGUCACCAGGAUCCUUCGGCUCUGCACAGUAUGUAGAAGAGCCCAAGGACACGCUUACCGCUAUCCUGAGAUGCCUAGUCUCCCUCCGGAACGAGUCAACCGCUCUAGAUCGUUCCAGAAGGUUGGACUAGACUACUUAGGACCACUUUAUUAUAGAGAUCAGCUCCAUUCUCAGGCCAAGAUUUGGAUCUGUCUCUUCACCUGUAUGGCAACCCGCGCUGUACAUCUCGAGUUAGUCCACAACAACACCGCAUUCGAGUUUUUACUCGCCUUUCGCCGUUUCAUUGCUCGCAGAGGCACUCCGGACCUCAUUAUCAGCGACAAUGCCACCACUUUCCGCUCAGCCAACGAUUCCCUACAAAGCACCAUCUAUAACCGCAAAGCCAAAGAAAAGAUAUCCACUCAACUCGCCAACCGCAAGAUCAAAUGGAGGUUCAUCACUCCUCUUUCCCCAUGGAAAGGAGGAUUUUAUGAACGUCUAGUCGGUCUCCUCAAAUCCGCAUUCAAGAAAGCCAUCAAACAUACCCUAUUACCACUUUCCCAUUUAGAUUUCGUCUCACCGCAAGUGGAACUCCAAUUACCAUCUCCACACCACAACCCUCUCUACAUCCCUCCAAACCGUCUUUCCGAAUGGUAUAAGGAGACACUCGCCGUAUUGAACAACUUCUGGGACAUUUGGUACGAAGACUACUUAUCCGCAAUAUCCGCACGUCACCAACACCGUAUCCAUCAAGGAAGAUCAAGUCCACUCAUUCCAUCGGUAGGAGACGUUGUUCUCAUUGCCGAUAAGAAUGUUCCACGUGGACAAUGGCCUUUAGCCAUCAUAACCACUAUCCACCGCACCGAAUCCAACAUACCCAGAUCAGCCGCUGUCCGCAUUGCAAACGGUCAUGAGUUGCAGAGAACGAUCAAUCAACUACAUCCAUUGGAGAUUUCUGCAAAGGAAGACCCACGACCGAAGAAGAGCCGCCAACAACUGCAACCCACACGAAUCCAACCACCACGAGCAGCCAAACGGGUACGAUUUGCACUUGGUACGAAGCGAGCGUGA